UGAAGGCUAAAUAAGGCCACCAAAUGAAUUGAAAUUGAACAGAAAUAGCAGUUGGCUGCAGCAAGAUAUGUACUGCAUGUACUGCAGGCUUUAAAUUGCAAGAAUGAGGCUCGAUUCUGACUAUAGUCUACUACACAUACUUUAAACGGGUUCAUUAUACAAUGUUUUAUACAUCAUGUUUUGUAAACUGUAUUUGAGAAGGUGGUUGGCUUUGGUGUGGUGCAUUAGGAGCGUAAAGUUUUUAACUUUUGUAUGUCUACAAACAUUCUUGCUGCUACAUCCAUAUAGCUGUGUCCCAAUUCAAAGGCUGAAUCCUUCAAAGAAAGCAUGCAUUUUCCAAAGAUUAAAACUCGAUCUUUGAAGGUCGCAGCCUGCGAAGUCCACGAAGAGAACUGAAAUGAUACAGAUAGCUUUCGGAGGAUCCAUAUAGUUUCGUCACCUGCUGUACGUGCCCAACGCGCCUGUCAGCAGGACACAGCAGAGACAUGUCUGACUUAUUAAAAUAAAUAUGUAACCAGAAAUAUAUUUAUUUUAUUAUUAUUUUACUAAGAAAAUAUGUCACGUUGAUUUACCUGUCGAACAGUAAAUCAAAUUAACCAACCGUGUAAAUAUACGCAACAUACACAGCAUAUUAUUUAUACAAAAAAAAAAGUAUAAUACUAAAACAGUGACAAGAGCCUUUAAUCUGUUAAAUACACACUGUUUAUUUUAAAAUAUCCAGUCAUUAUAUUUAGCCAUUACAGGUGCGCAAUGAAUCUCGGGAUAGCCUAGGCUGUUCCAUUCGUUCUACCCUUCGCAGCCCGGAGAAAGUAGGACGAAUUGGGACACAGCUUAUAUGUUAAUGCUAGUUACUUUAAAUAUGUGGCUUCUCAUGUUUUGAAGACAAAGGAAGAGCUGAAUCCAUUGUCAAGUACAGUGUUUACAGAAAACAGGAGACAUUACAAAUCCAAGAGGCUGAGGCUUUCUCUAGCAAGAGAUGUCUGGAGUGGUUCUAUGAAUAUGCAGGAUGUGAUGAUGUUGUUGGACCAGAGGGAAUGGAGAAAUUCUGUGAGGACAUUGGAGUGGAACCAGAGAAUGUGGUGAUGCUGGUAUUGGCCUGGAAACUUGAUGCACAGAGUAUGGGUUACUUCACAUUACAGGAGUGGCUCAAGGGAAUGGGCUCAUUGCAGUGUGACUCUACUGAAAAACUCAGGAACUCUUUAGACUACCUGAGGUCUGUCCUUAUUGACGCCACCAGUUUCAAACUCAUUUACCGAUAUGCCUUCGACUUUGCCAGGGAGAAGGAUCAGAGGAGUCUAGACUUGAAUACUGCCAAAUGCAUGCUGGGACUUCUGCUUGGGAAGACUUGGCCACUGUUUCCAGUGUUUAACCAGUUUCUAGAACAAUCUAAGUAUAAGGUUAUAAAUAAAGAUCAAUGGUGCAAUGUUCUAGAAUUCAGUAGGACUAUCAACCUUGACCUCAGUAACUAUGACGAGGAUGGGGCUUGGCCAGUGCUUUUGGAUGAGUUUGUGGAAUGGUAUAAAGACAGAGAAAUGUCGUAGCGACGACUUUUCCGCCAACACCAUCACCAACUAGAAAUCAAUCGCCAACAAAAUCACCAUGAAAGAAACAGCUUUGAAACAAACAUCUAGACGACAAAGUACAAAUGAAAACCGAAGUGUUCGGGACACACUGUUGGUGGCCCCUGGCGGUGAGGGCCGAGCGUAUGAGUGUUUGCAUAGAAUGUAAUUAAUAAUGCACAUGUUUGUAUGUCGCCCUUUUAGCCGGGGCUAUAGGAGGGUCACUGGUGGUUGUGUGUUGUAGAAACAACAUCCCACCAACUCCACCUAAUGCCCCUCUAGCCCACAAUGCAUUGUGGCUAAGCACAAGGCCAGCCUUUGGGCUGCCUUCCUACCCCACUGUGAUGUUUCAUAUUGCUGUGAAUGUUUCGAUAGGCUCUUGUGUGUGGAGGAUGAAUUCUGAUACUCCACAAGGCUGGGUAGAUAAAACUCCCAUGUUGUCUGAGGUCUUAAGAAAGGAAGGAGAGAAUAAGAACAUCUGCUUGGUUGUUGACUGAAGUAACCUUUGAUGGUGUCGCUGUGCUGGUAUGGUCAAAAAAAAAACUGUUUACUAUGGCUUCCAUGUUGGAGGAUGACGUGAGUCGGCAUGUUACCAUAGUACAACAGUGACCUUUAUCAUCUCUUUUAUUUUAACACGUCUCACCACGUUUCGUUGGCACUUAUUUAAUGCACUACAAGCAAGCAUGUACUUUAAGUGACAUUCUUAAUGCCUAAAAUGGAAAGGGUAUCAGUAACCCAGCACCCGUUACAUGUCUUAAUAUUGAUAACGAGAUUCUUAUUCGGUACUUUUGCCAGACUGUCUACAUGUAUUAGAGGUGAACCAAAAUAUACUGUAGAACUACUGUACAGUACAUGUAUGUUCCAGGCAUGAAAUAUUGCAAAGUAUAUGGCUUGCAAAUAUAAAAUAAAAUGGUGCAAUUGUAUAGAAAGAGAAAAACAUUUGUGUAAACUUCACCUACUUCCCCUCUGUUCCAUAGCUACAGACUUUGAUCUGAAGUAGCUUGGGAAGAUGUAUUAAUUACUGGAAUGCGGUCAGGUUAGUUACAUAAUGAGUGUACGUGUCUUUCCUUUUAAAAUAUAGCACAUUACAUACAGCAAAAAAGCCAGUUAUCAUUUCUGACACCCAACAUGCACAUUGGCAACACAUCUCAGCAGUUACGACCAUCUUGCCAAAGAGUACGAGCAGGUUCUUUACGGAAAACAGGUUUUUACAUUCGUUGUAUCACUUGAUCAUGUGUCUGAUAUCAUUUUAGUCUUGUCCAUGAUCAAGAUGUAACUACGUUGUUCAUGUCAAAAUAGAUUGAGAGAUCUCAGUGACGGAAAGAAGAUAGGAAACAAGAAAGCGGUUAAAGUGCACUUUUGUAAUAGAUUGCCACAAUAAAUAAAUAGAAAUAGACAGUCUGCCCCAAGCGCUGAAAGUCCUUUGGCCACACCCUCUUCCACAGGUCUUGUGGACAAAUGUGAUCACCUUAACCAAUAGUGACCUAUGCCUAGCUAACUAUUUAACGUUCUAGUUACGUUUGUAAAACGUGUUAAGUUUUGUCUAUGGCUGUGGCGUGAA